AUGGUGGUCAAUUCUAUAUGUAUUUAUGAUAAUUCACAAUUAAAAUUAGAGCUAUGGAAGACUUUAUUUAGAGCAUCACGCAUCAAUCAAUUAACUAGUGAAAAUGUAGAGACGAGUUUGUUUUCAAAUAACAUUUAUGCUCUUGACAUAAAUAGUUACACCUGGGUCACUAGAAUAAACACAAAUAUUACAACCAACCAGUCAACUACCGGGACUACUGCUAACACUGCUAACACACAAUCAGAUAAUGAUAAACUAUAUAUUGGAAUUGGAAUUGGUAUAGGUGGCAUUAUAUUUGUUGGAAUAUUGAUUGCUGGUGGAUUUUUAAUUUAUAAAAAACAGAAGGAAGAUACAGAAAUUAUGGUUGGAAUACCAGGAUCUAUGGAUGAAAGAAUACGUGAAACUCACACGCCUAUGGCAAUUUAA